AUGUUGGACUCGUUCGAAAUCAUCACCGCGUCGGGCGUCGUCCUCUGGUCCAGGACAUAUGCCCCCGUCAACCCAUCCGUCAUCAACAGCUUCAUCUCCGACAUCUUUAUCGAAGAGAAACAUGGCGUCUCAGCCAUCGGCGACGAUGCCCGGUCGGCAGCCAAGAAUCCUCCGUACAAAAGCGACCAGCACAUUCUGAAAUGGACCCUUGUCAAGGAGCUCGGCGUCUUCUUCGUCGCUGUCUAUCGAUCGCUCUUUCAUCUUAGUUGGGUUGACAAGCUCGUCGACAACAUCCGCACCAUAUUCGUCUCGCUCUACGGCGAGCAGCUCAAGAAACCACACACAACCAUGGUCGAGUGUACCAAAUUUGACGACUACUUUGACCAGCAACUCCAAGAACUGGACUCGUCAAAAGCCGCCAACCCUACAUCACACCCGCAGCAAGACCCUUCGUCGCCCGGCUUGUCACCCGAUGCUAUGCCUCCAACACCCGGGCUCACCUACCGAGGCCGAUCACUCAAAAGCAGCGCACAGGACGAGAUAUCGAAUGUAGAUGGCUCUACUCCUAUAGCCGCUCUGGCCACAUCGCGCGCCUCAACGCCGGGAAGCUUAGUCGUUGCCAAGCCUGGCCCUGUUGCCAAGAUGUCGCGCCGGGCUCGUAAAGCCAAGAACGCGGCCUCUGCGCCCGUCUCUUCAAGCGAUGAAUCGUCAAGCAAGCCGAAGAAGGGGUCCAAGACGGCCAAGAAGGGGCGCAAAUGGGACGCUGAUGGCUUUGCCCACGAGGCCAGCGACGACGACGACGUCCAGCUUGACUACUCUGGCCAGCCCAACGCGACGAGUGACUCCGAGAUGGAGGCAGUCGGCCGGUCGACCGCCGUUGACCCCGUCGACGCUACCACCUGGGGUUCCUUGCGCAAGGGCAAGUUUGUGCUCAGGGACCUGGGCGAUGAAGUCCACAGUAUGCUGGCAUCUGCCGAGGCCGAGAAGGCUGCGGCUGCGCGUUCGGGCCGCGGAGGAAGCUUCAUCGAGUCGGGCGUCAACGCCAUCAGCGGUCUCUUCCGAAACGUCGUCGGGGGCAAGACCUUGACAAAGGACGACCUGGACAAAGCCAUGAAGGGCAUGGAAGAGCAUUUGUUGAAGAAGAAUGUGGCCCGCGAGGCCGCCGUCCGAUUAUGCGAGGGCGUUGGAAAGGAGCUGAUCGGCGUCAGGACGGGCAACUUCGAAGGCAUCAACUCCAAGAUCCAGACGGCCAUGGAGUCGUCCCUCACCAAAAUGCUGACGCCCACGUCCUCCCUCGACCUCCUCCGCGAAAUCGACUCCAUCGCGGCCCCGCUUGCCACCUCUCUCCGCGCAGCCCGGCCAUAUGUCAUCUCUAUUGUCGGUGUCAAUGGCGUCGGCAAGUCGACCAACCUCUCCAAAAUUUGCUUUUUCCUCCUCCAGAACAAGUACAAGGUCCUCGUUGCUGCUGGCGACACCUUCCGCUCCGGCGCCGUCGAGCAGCUCGCCGUCCACGUUCGCAACCUCAAGGAGCUAACCAUCCGCGAGGGCGGCCAGGUCGAGCUCUAUCAGAAGGGCUACGGCAAGGACGCUGCCGCCGUGGCCAAGGAUGCCGUCUCCUAUGCCGCCCAGGAAGGCUACGACGUCGUUCUCAUCGACACGGCCGGUCGUCGCCACAACGACCAACGGCUCAUGUCCUCACUCGAGAAGUUUGCCAAGUUUGCCCAACCUGACAAGAUCCUCAUGGUCGGCGAAGCCCUCGUCGGCACCGACUCUGUCGCCCAGGCACGCAACUUCAACGCUGCCUUUGGCGCCCACCGCUCCCUCGACGGUUUUAUCAUCUCCAAAUGCGAUACCGUCGGUGACAUGGUCGGCACGCUUGUCAGCCUCGUCCACGCCACCAACGUUCCCGUCCUGUUCGUCGGUGUCGGCCAGCACUAUUCCGACCUGCGCAACUUUUCCGUCAAGUGGGCCGUGGAGAAGCUGCUGAGCAGCACCUGA